AAGAAAAAUGAUAAAUAAUCAUAUUUUAUUAUUCCACCCGGCUAGCUUCAUGUACAAAUUCAGGACUCUUUGAGAACAGGCAUGUCCAGUGUCCAGUCCUCUACUAUUGUCUACUAUCUGUAUUUAUCUGUAGUCAAUGCGAGGUGUGUAUAGGUACGUAAAUAAGCAAUGAUGUUACGUUCGAAUAUUUUGAAAUGAAUGCUUCGCGUUAGUUAAUAGGAACAGUUAUCGUAUAAAUAUCUACAAUAAAAUAUGCUUGCACUGAAAGAUUAUGGUAGCAGUGACGAUAAUAGCGAGUCAGAAAAUGACGAUGAAAGUACAAAAAGUGAGGUUAACUGUGAUGUCGGUGCAAAUAACAAACCUGUUGUUGAAUUACCUCAUGCUGUGGAAAAAUUAACCGCGUCUAUAAACAUACAGAUUUGCUCAGCACCAGAAGUAAUACCAACGGGAUCCGAAUUAUGCGUAAGACACGUAGAUUCAACCUUGGAAGAAGUUACGCAUAAUCCAAAGUACGAGGAACUGUUCGCUCCAGAUAUUGGCCCUGAGAAUCCUUUUAAAACGCAACAACAGCGUGCUGUAAAAAAUAUGCUUUCUGGUUAUGUAGAAAAGGCUCACAUAAGCGAAUUUCAAUUUGAAAAUCAAAGAAGAACAUUUGCCAGUUAUGGAUACGCUUUAGAUCCGACCGUAGAUGGUAGCGCGGAGGAAGGUAGAUCGAUAAUAGGAGCAAAAGAAGCAGCAGAAGAAUCUGGAGGCAAAACUGUAUUUGAAAAUACAACAUUAAGACCUUCCGAUAAAAGGAAAAGGCAUAGAAACGACGAUCCUGCAGAUAUCGAAGGGUUCUUGGGCCCAUGGGGUGGAUAUAUAGAUGAAAAACGAAUUGUCAAACCGACGGAGGAAGAAGCUGCUGAAUUGGAAGAAAUAUUAGCCAAAAGAAAUAGAAGAGGAAAACCAACGGAGGAGAAACCUCUCGAAGAGAAGACGGUGUUACAUAUCAAAGACAGUGUCGACUAUCAGGGAAGAUCAUUUUUGCACGCGCCUCAAGAUGUUGGAGUAAAUUUGAGAUCGGAGUCACCGCCCGAUAGAUGUUUCUUACCAAAAGCACAAAUUCAUACGUGGGAAGGUCAUACGAAAGGUAUUUCGCAAAUUAGAUGGUUCCCACGUACGGCGCAUUUGUUACUUUCUUGUAGUAUGGACUGCAGAGUAAAGCUAUGGGAGGUGUAUAAAGAUAGGAGAUGUAUUCGAACUUAUUAUGGUCACCGUCAAGCUGUAAGGGAUAUUAGUUUUGAUAACGAUGGACAGAGAUUUUUGUCAGCUGGGUAUGAUCGUUACGUAAAACUGUGGGACACAGAGACUGGUUCGUGCAUCAGUCGAUUUACAAGUAGAAAAAUCCCUUACUGCGUCAAAUUUAAUCCCGACACAGAUAAACAACAUCUAUUCGUAGCUGGAACAAGCGACAAAAAAAUUAUUUGCUGGGAUGUACGUUCUGGUGAAAUAACUCAGGAAUAUGACAGGCAUUUAGGAGCUGUUAAUACAAUAACGUUCGUUGAUGAGAACCGAAGAUUUGUAACGACUUCUGACGAUAAAAGUCUGCGAGUUUGGGAAUGGGAUAUACCGGUCGAUAUGAAAUACAUUGCGGAUCCUUCUAUGCAUUCUAUGCCCGCAGUAACUCCGUCUCCUAAUCAAAAGUGGCUUGCUUGUCAAAGUAUGGAUAAUAAGAUUGUUAUAUUCUCUGCAUUAAAUAGGUUUAAAAUGAAUCGUAAAAAAACAUUUACGGGUCACAUGGUUGCUGGUUACGCUUGUGGUUUAGACUUUUCCCCUGAUAUGAGUUACCUCGUAUCGGGUGAUGCGGAUGGCAAGUGUUACAUUUGGGAUUGGAAAACGACUAAAUUGUACAAAAAAUGGAAAGCGCACGAUGGUGUAUGUAUCGAUGUAUUGUGGCAUCCACACGAACCUUCGAGGCUGGCUACAGCUGGUUGGGAUGGAAAAAUAAAAUAUUGGGACUAAGUGUCAUCGGCGAUUAUAUUUUUACUAAAAAAAAAAAAGAAAGAAAAAAAGGGAAAAAUUAUAUUUAUAUUUUAUAUCACGUGUACAAGGAGAUUUAUUUCGCGCAAAACUUUUUAAUUACGGUAUUAGAUAUAGAUGGAUGAAUGAAGAGAUUGUAAAAUUGUUCAAAAGUAUUUUAAUCGCAAUUGAUAAUUUAUAGUUAUUUUUCGCGAUUGUGAAACGAUUCACAUCUAAAUACGGAUAAUGAAUGAAGAAAGCAUCUUUUUUUUUUUUUUUCCAUUUUGUAGCAAUAAACGAGGCGUAAAAUUAGUCACAUUGCUAUAUUAUAUAAUAAAAAAAAAAAAAAGAAACUACCAAACAUUUCGCGUAUUAAUUUGUUCGUAUCGAGAUGACAAGUUACUAACUCUACUUUUACAUGGCGGUGGUAAAAAUCAAUAAUAGCACGCGUCAUGAUGUCUACCGUUUUCGUUUCGUGCGUCGUUGCAGACUUAAUGUUUUCCGUGGUCAUUGGUGUUGUCCCGUCGAAUAUUUUAAAUUUAAUUGUUCGAUUGACAAAUGGUUAACGAUACCUUCACUUUUCAAGUUGUUUUGAUUUAAUAUGAUAAACCGGUUGAUGCAAAUGCCUUGAAACUGUGCAAAGAUUCAUCGAAAAGUGUUGAUAAAUGGGAAGGUAAGAAUAUUUUCACCUUACAUAAAUAUGAAUAUACAUUUGUCGGAGUUUUAUAACUUACGGUUAUACAAUGGAAUGAGAUCAUUCGAAUGUUAAUAGACAUUGAAUGUUUACAAUAAACACGUGGUUCUAAUAUGUUGUAUGUAAGUACGUAAGUACGUACAUGAAACAUUGAAAAAUUAUUAUUUCUAUAUGUAUAUGAAUUUUGAUAUCAUUGAAUUUGGCAUAACCACCGAGGUAUUGUUGUAAAAAUUGUACGUAUCACUUAACACGUUAGCGAUAAGAGCAACAUGUUUAUGUCUUUAGUGUUAGAAUAAAAGAAGGUAAUAACCGACUA